CUGUUGUGAUGCGUAUUCCCGUAGAUCCGAGCACCAGCCGGCGCUUCAGCCCCCCCUCCAGCAGCCUGCAGCCCGGCAAGAUGAGCGACGUGAGCCCGGUAGUGGCUGCUCAGCAGCAGCAACAACAGCAGCAGCAACAGCAGCAACAGCAGCAGCAGCAGCAGCAACAGCAACAGCAGCAGCAGCAGCAGCAGGAGGCGGCCGCAGCAGCAGCAGCGGCAGCGGCGGCGGCAGCAGCGGCGGCAGCCGUGCCCCGGUUGAGGCCGCCGCACGACAACCGCACCAUGGUGGAGAUCAUCGCGGACCACCCGGCCGAACUGGUCCGCACCGACAGCCCCAACUUCCUGUGCUCCGUGCUGCCCUCGCACUGGCGGUGCAACAAGACCCUGCCCGUGGCCUUCAAGGUUGUAGCCCUCGGAGAGGUACCCGAUGGGACCGUGGUUACCGUCAUGGCCGGGAAUGAUGAGAACUACUCUGCCGAGCUACGCAAUGCCUCUGCUGUUAUGAAAAACCAAGUGGCCAGGUUCAACGAUCUGAGAUUUGUAGGCCGGAGCGGACGAGGCAAGAGUUUCACUUUGACCAUAACGGUCUUCACAAAUCCUCCCCAAGUGGCCACUUACCACAGAGCUAUUAAAGUGACAGUGGACGGUCCCCGGGAACCAAGAAGGCACAGACAGAAGCUUGAUGACUCUAAACCUAGUUUGUUCUCUGACCGCCUCAGUGAUUUAGGGCGCAUUCCUCAUCCCAGUAUGAGAGUAGGUGUCCCGCCUCAGAACCCACGGCCCUCCCUGAACUCAGCACCAAGUCCUUUUAAUCCACAAGGACAGAGUCAGAUUACAGAUCCCAGGCAAACACAAUCCUCCCCGCCGUGGUCCUAUGACCAGUCGUACCCCUCUUAUCUGAGCCAGAUGACAUCCCCAUCCAUCCAUUCCACCACGCCGCUGUCUUCCACACGGGGCACUGGGCUGCCAGCCAUCACCGACGUACCCAGGCGUAUUUCAGAUGAUGACACUGCCACCUCUGACUUCUGCCUCUGGCCUUCCUCUCUCAGUAAGAAGAGCCAGGCAGGUGCUUCAGAACUGGGCCCUUUUUCAGACCCCAGGCAGUUCCCAGGCAUUUCAUCCCUCACUGAGAGCCGCUUCUCCAACCCACGAAUGCACUAUCCAGCCACCUUCACUUACACCCCGCCAGUCACGUCAGGCAUGUCCCUGGGCAUGUCCGCCACCACUCACUACCACACGUACCUGCCACCACCCUACCCCGGCUCUUCCCAAAGCCAGAGCGGACCCUUCCAGACCAGCAGCACUCCAUAUCUCUACUAUGGUACUUCGUCAGCGUCCUAUCAGUUCCCAAUGGUCCCCGGGGGAGACCGGUCUCCUUCCAGGAUGGUCCCGCCGUGCACGACCACCUCGAAUGGCAGCACGCUAUUAAAUCCAAAUUUGCCUAACCAGAAUGAUGGUGUUGACGCUGAUGGAAGCCACAGCAGCUCCCCAACCGUUUUGAAUUCUAGCGGCAGAAUGGAUGAGUCUGUCUGGCGACCCUAUUGAAGUCUGUCAACCGUGCAUGGCCCAGUGGCAUGCAGGGGCCACGUCCCACAUGUGUUAAUAUAUACAUAUAUAAAGAGAGUGCCUAUAUAUGUAUAUUGAUUAGCUAUCUAGAAGAUUUCUCAUUCACUCCCCAGUCGUGAUCUGGCAACCCUAAGAGUGUGGGGACAGUCAUUACUGGGUUUCAUAUUGUUUACUAUUUAAGAUGUCCCCUCUACCAAGGAGCAGACCGUCAAAGGUGUUGUAUGGUCUGGUUUCGUAAGUGACCUGUUCCCACGACAAUUCAGAGAGGUGGACUCUGGGUCUGGGAGGAAGAACGGCCACUUCCUUCCUGUGCUUUAAAACCAAAUCAAGGCCUCUGCUGUGUGGAGGCCGGUGCACUCUGCAGACCAGCUUACAAAGCUGUGGUGCACUCGGAAAGGGACGAGCAGCGUGGCUGCUUCCCCUGCCGUCCACUCUGAAUACCUGUUCCAAAGCUUCCCUUCAGACUUGA